CUGCGCGUCCCCGUCCUGUCGGCGCCGUCAUGGCGGGUUUGCUGAAGAAGACCACUGGCCUUGUGGGAUUAGCUGUAUGUGAAAGUCCACACGAGAGGCUAAGAAUAUUGUACACAAAGAUUCUUGAUGUUCUUGAGCAAAUUCCUAAAAACGCAGCAUAUAGAAAGUAUACAGAACAGAUUACCAAUGAGAAGCUGAGUAUGGUUAAAGCGGAACCAGAUGUUAAGAAAUUAGAAGACCAACUUCAGGGUGGCCAACUAGAAGAGGUGAUUCUUCAGGCUGAAAAUGAACUAAGUCUGGCCAGAAAAAUGUUACAGUGGAAACCAUGGGAGCCUUUAGUGGAAGAGCCUCCUGCCAACCAGUGGAAGUGGCCAAUAUAAUCAUCAUUGAAUGACUAGUGUGUUCAUGGGAAAUGGAUGUAAUUAAAUGUUCUGUUAUAUUAAAAAAAAAAAAAA